GAAACGAUUCGACAGAGAAACGUACGGUUUCCCUAGCAACAAAAGCUUCUAUGACGCAGAAGGUCGUGAACUCAGACUGUGGUCCUAUGACGGUAAAUCACUUCCGCCGUUUGGCGACAGGGGACCCAAGCAGAUGAAAGAUCUACAACUCCGAGAUGACGACAUCAUUUUGUGCGGCUACCCCAAAACAGGUGAGAGGUCACGUGGCUGUCAUAAUACAAAACAUCAUGUUGGAGUGUGUGUGUGUGUUUUGUUUUUUUUUAAGGUCAGAAGAUUGAGAAGGUAUGUCUAUGUGCUAAAUGAUGGUAUGUGGGCUUGAAACAAGCGCCCGAUCUACAUCAACACAAUGACCCCACAUCAACAGACUUCACACACACACACACACACACACAGAGUUCAGUUUGUGAAUGUAUGUGUUGUGUGAACUGUUUUGGUGUCUCGUUAUGAGUGAGCGUGUGAUUGGUAUUUGGGUGGAGUUUGGGGGGGGGGAUCGAUGGGGAUGUGUUUGAGAGGUUUGACUCUGUGUGGCAUGUGAAGAUGUUUGGGAUGUAAAGGUGUCUGUGUGUAGUGUCCCCACGUUGUGGUAUAUAUGGUUUUGGUGGGUAUCCUGAAGUGUGGUUUAUGUGGGGUGAAUAUAUGUGGGGGUGUCCUGAUGUGUGGGGGUCAAAGGUGUGUUAAUUGUCAUGCUGUGUGGCUUGCUCGAGCUCAGGGGGGGGGUGGGAUCUUAGGAUGUGCGGUAAGUCUUGGGUAAAGGAGUUUUGCCGUGAUUGUAGAUACGUGUGGGGAGACGUGAGUGGGAAGUUUAUGAUGUGAGGAAUGUGUGGGGAGAAGGUUUCUGGGACGUCACAAUGUGAGAUACCUGCGGCGAGAAGGUUUGUGGGAUGUCACAAAUGUGAGAUACCUGUGGCGAGAAGGUUUGUGGAAUGUGUCAAUGUGAGAUACCUGUGGCGAGAAUGUUUGUGGGAUGUCACAAUGUGAGAUACCUGCGGCGAGAAGGUGUGUGGGAUGUGUCAAUGUGAGAUACCUGUGGCGAGAAGGUUUGUGGGACGUCACAAUGUGAGAUACCUGUGGCGAGAAGGUUUGUGGGAUGUCACAAAUGUGAGUUACCUGUGGCGAGAAGGUUUGUGGGAUGUCUUAAUGUGAGUUACCUGUGGCGAGAAGGUUUGUGGGAUGUCACAAUGUGAGUUACCUGUGGCGAGAAGGUUUGUGGGAUGUCUCAAUGUGAGUUACCUGUGGCGAAAAGGUUUGUGGGAUGUCACAAUGUCAGUUACCUGUGGCGAGAAGGUGUGUGGGAUGUCACAAUGUGAGAAACCUGCGGCGAGAAGGAUUGCGUGAUGUGUCACAAUUGUAUGCCCAACACCCCAUUCAAAUCCCACAGGCUGUCAUUGGACCUGGGAGAUCAUCG